UCAUAUCUUUGGUGCUAAAAAUGCUCGUAGAGCUUACGAAUUGUACAAGGAAGAAAUUGUGCCUCCUCAAUCACCUCCUUCUGAAGUGACUCGUUACAUGUGUUCUGAUGUGAUGUGUAGAAUUGCUGCUCUCUUAAGUGCUGAGAAUUUAGCAAGCAACGGACACAAGGUGUAUUUAUAUGAAUGGGAUUAUGAAUCCAAUGAUGUACAAAAUGUGAUUAAGGCUGCCCAUAUGGUGGAUUCUGUCUUUUCUUGGGACAAUUUGAUCUAUUGGACCGAUAAUCCAUUCUUGGGUCCUGGUGAUGACUAUGAAAGAGAUCGUAUUGCUAAACAAGUCUCAUUAGCCAUUAUUAACUUUGGAAGAACUGGUGAUCCUAAUCACGAUGGUAUCCCCGAAUGGCCUCUGUAUAUUACCAGCGAUGUCCGAGAUAGAAAUGCCUUGAUCUUUGAUAGAGAAGUGCGUGUUGAACACAAUAUUUACGAUACCGGAUUACAAUUAUGGAAGACCGUCUUGAAGGAUUACGUAAGAACUCCCAUGUUCACUGUCAACCCUAAGCCUGUCAAAAAGGGUAAGCUGACGUCUCCUCCUCCUGAGGAUCUGUCACAGAACAAAAAGCGUAAGAUGACGGAAUAG